AGAGUCUCUCUCUCAUGUCAUGUCAUGCAACUAGCACCUAAGCUUUUAACCCCUCUCACUCCCCCUCACCCCACGACAUUUGUUUCUCUUCGCCAGCUCAUUAACAUCCCCAAAAACACAACGCCAGCACCAACCCCUCUCUCUCUUUCUCUCUCUUCUCUCACAACGUUUUCUCCACCAGAUCUCCGGGAGUAACCCCCAUAAAUAUGCGUGCUUUUUGAGCCCUCUCUUUGGUCUAGACCUCUUAUAAAAUCUCCUCAGGCAACAACAAUCUCUUUUUAACAUUACCCAUAUGCUUCUUAUCUCUCCUUGAUUCGAUUUUUCUCUUCCUGGGGGUUUCUGGGUUCUCUUUUUAGAGGAAACCUAAUAAGGCGGAGAGAGAGUGUGUGGGCGUCUAGGGGGUCUGUUAGCGAGAGAAAAUGGAGAAUGGGGUAGAGAGGGAAAGUGGGUCGAUGAUGUUUAGCGAAGAGGAGUUGAGAGAGGUAAGCGGAUUGAAGAAAGGAGGAGAUUUUAUAGAAGUGACAUGUGGGUGUACCAGCCAUAGAUAUGGUGAUGCUGUUGGCAAACUUAGGGUUUUCUCUAAUGGUGACCUUGAAAUCACCUGUGAAUGCACCCCUGGUUGCAAUGAAGACAAGUUGACUCCUGCUGCAUUUGAGAAGCAUUCCGGGAGAGAGACAGCUAGAAAAUGGAAAAAUAAUGUUUGGGUGAUAGUUAAUGGGGAGAAGGUUUCAUUAUCAAAGACUGCAUUGCUGAAAUACUACAACCAAGCAUCCAAAAAUGCCAAUGGUGCUCACAGAUCCCAUAGUGGACGAGUUUGUCAUCGUGAUGAGUUUGUUCGCUGUAGCAGGUGUAACAAGGAGCGAAGAUUUCGAUUGCGGACGAAAGAGGAAUGUCGGAUUCACCAUGAUGCUUUAGCAGAUGUGAACUGGAAAUGUUCUGAUCUUCAAUAUGACAGAAUAACAUGUGAUGAUGAUGAAGAGCGAGCAAGCCGCAGGGUAUACAGGGGCUGCACCCGGUCUCCAACAUGCAAGGGUUGCACCUCCUGUGUGUGCUUUGGGUGUGAAAUCUGUCGGUUCUCUGAUUGCAGUUGCCAAACUUGCAUUGACUUCACUAGGAACGCGAAAGCUUGAGUCUUCAGUGCAGUGCAUUUUGGGUGGGUUUCUUUAUUUGUUGCUUUAGUUGAGCCCAUCCCCGACAGAAGAAGCCUUGGAAGACAAUUCACUUUCAUGUUAGACUUAAAUUGCCGCCAGUCCCUGAGUUCAGCAUUCACGGUGCUCAUUUGACUGGUUUAAAAACUUAAAAUUAAUUAAAAUUUGAUCACCACGAUGAUGUUUGGUCAGUA